AUGCAACGUCCCAACAACUGCACGGCGCUUUACAUUGCCUGUGAGCACGGACACGCCGAGGUGGCGGAGCUGUUGGUCACGCACGGAGCGGACAUUGAGCUGCCGGACGAACGCGGGUGGACGCCGCUCAUGGCGGCAGCCUGGAAGGAUCACGUGGACGUGGUUCAGCUGUUGCUCCAGCACGGAGCU